UUGAACAGAACAAUGGUAGGAAAGGCUAGAUCGUCCAAUUUUACCUUAUCUGAAAAGCUUGAUCUGCUAAAGCUUGUGAAGCCAUACGUUAAAAUUCUCGAAGAACACACUAAUAAACAUUCAGUAAUAGUGGAAAAGAAUAGAUGCUGGGAUAUCAUAGCAGUUAACUAUAAUGCAGUUGGAGUAGACCGCCCUCCUCGAACGGCUCAGGGCCUACGCACCCUGUACAAAAGGCUCAAAGAAUAUGCCAAACAGGAACUAUUGCAGCAAAAAGAGACCCAGUCAGAUUUAAAAAGCAAUAUUUCUGAGCCAACCAAGAAAGUUAUGGAGAUGAUUCCCCAGAUUUCCAGUUUUUGCCUGGUAAGAGACAGGAACCACAUACAAAGUGCAAACAUGGAUCAGGAAGCACAGGCUGGUACCAGUUCACUACAGGUAAUGUUGGAUCACCAUCUUGCUGCUAUUACAGUGGAGGUGAAGCAAGAAGAAGAUGUGAAACCACCUCCUCCACUGGUUUUAAAUUCUCAACAGAGUGAUACUUUAGAGCAAAGAGAAGAACAUGAAUUAGUACAUGUUAUGGACAGAUCUUUGUCACCAUCACUGUCCUCUGUUGAUACGAGAAUGACAUUGUCUCCAUCUUCUAUUCCAAGGAGAGAUGAGUUUUUUCAGCAUGAGAGUGGAGAACGCUUUAGGUCACUAUUAGGGUGUGAUCCUCAGAUUCUACAAAUGCUGAAAGAAGAGCAUCAGAUAAUUUUAGAAAAUCAGAAAAAUUUUGCAUUGUAUGUUCAGGAAAAAAGGGAUGGACUGAGACGAAGACAGCAGCUAGAGGAAGAGCUGCUGAGAGCAAAAAUUGAAGUGGAGAAGCUAAAAGCAAUUCGCUUACGGCAUGAUUUACCAGAAUAUAAUGGUCUCUAAACACAUUCUGUCUUAAUCUUGUAAUUUAAUAAUUUAAAUUUUAGCAUCAAAUAUUCAUUCAGAAUAUCCUAAAGCAAAAAAAAAAAAUAUCCUAAAGCAAAAUGCAUAUUCUUAAAAAAUGUUGUUCUCUGUUGUGGAAAAACUUUACUGACAUGAGUUUUUACUUCCUAAGUUUUCCUUUGAGAUAUACAAAUGUAUUUAUUGGCGAGCAUGAUUAUUUAUUUUGCUGUUUUCCUCCAUUUUUUCGACAAGUUUGUCAACUUAUGAAAGAGAAUUUUGUAUGCUCAACCUGAUGUGUGUUCUCGAGUUGAUUUCUACGCAUCCUGGCACUGUGAGACAAAGUAGAACUGCCCCAUAUGAUUUCCUAGGUUGUAAAUUUAAUUGGAACAGAUUGGCAGUUUUUUCUUCUGAGGAUCCGUUAGUGGGUUGGACCACCUCCCUCUGGGUUAGCAGUCAGCACAUCUACACAGUCUUCAAGUCAGAGCCUUCAGCAUUUUAACUUAGAGCUGUGAAAGUGGAAAAAGUUUCAGUCAGUCUGAUUUAAAAGACAUGCUAACUUUUUUUUUUAAAGACAUGCUAACUUAAUACCAUGAAAACAAGAAGCUUGUCUAUAUGACUGCAAAUUUUUUUUUUAUAUGCUGGCAUCUUUGGAAGGAGAAGUACUAGGAUUUUAGAGAUGAAAGUUUUUCUUCUUCUUUCUUUCAUCUUUUCAACUUGAAGAUAAUGAAAAUGAGGUCCAGAAGAGGUCCGCAAUUUAUACUAGAAUAGCAAAAUUAUUUAUGACAGAGACAAGAUACUCAGAAUCAGCACUCAGCAUUGCUGCCUCCUUGUGAUCGAUCUGCCACCCCCAUUCUGUAGAAGCAAAACUCCUCCACCUUAGUCAUCAGAUUUAAAACUAGGAAGCAUUUAUUUUUUUAAAUUGCUUAGAAAGAUUAUUUGUUUAUGAAAUCAGAGAAAUUGUGUCAGCUUCCCCUACUCGUCCCCCCUCCCCUUUUUUUGGGCAGCAAAAUAAGAUAUGAUAUUCUAAUGGAGCUGCGGUAUACUUUGGCUGUAUAAUUUAUAAUAUGCUAAAAAGAUCUCUUUUAUAGUAAAAAUCAGAAUGGACAAAUUAAAAUUGUACAUAGAAUGAAAAUUUCAAAAACAUUAUGUAGAUUUAUAACAUAUAAUCUUGUCUUUUAUGUUUUAUUUGUGUAAAUAGUGUCACUUUGCUAUUUCUGGGAAUAUGUAAAACCUUGACUCUUAAAAUACACAUCAUUUUUACAUUAAAUUUUUAUAUGUAUUUUAUCCAAUCUACUGCCAUCUAGUUGAUUUUCA